CCCAAUCCAUUGCGUCAUUGAUCAAUGGCAACUGCGGUGAUAUCCUAAUAAUCUUCCAGGUGCUGAAUCGGCGGCGUUUGAAUCUUCCAAGAGUUCGUGAAGGAAAGCAUCUGGCGGCGUCUGAAGGAAACUGCAAUUAAAAAAUCUUUCAUCAUUCUCAACUUUGCUUUUACUUUCCCCACGGGAGUGGGGCGGACGCUACAGUGAUAUCUUUCCUCUUUGAUCACUUUUGACUUGCUUGCAUUAUCUAUUUUUAUUUAAUCCAGAGUAAUAUUCAUCCUUUGAUUAAUCAAUCAAUACGAUGUUCAUAUCUACAUCAAUAGGCGUGAUUUAUGUUAGUUAAAUGCUGGUUGGUGGCCAUCUAAGUGGAAAGAAGGCAAGAUUUCUUGUCGAGGUUAAACACGUAAUCGGGAAUAAAUUUGAAGCUUAGAGAAAAUAUUAAAUUAUUUUACAGUUAAAAAGGGUGCCAAAUUCGACUUUACCAUCAUCAUUUUCAAACAGUCAAAAUGUUUUCCUUAAAGGAACAGUAAUUUACUGGAAUGCUCUCUCUCCGCCGACUAGAUUUUGCCUGCGGGUCAUGGGAUUCACCUCGAUUCUAGAUUGGUCUCAUUUCUUUUGCUCCCAAGUUAUAACUGUUUUUCCCUUUGUUAUUUUUUUAUGAAAACCUAUACGCACAUGGUGCAUCAAAAUUCUUGAAUCUUGAUGUUUAAGAAUGGUGGUUAGGGAGAUUGUUGCCAUCUGGGUUCUUACAGUUUGUUGUCUCGGGCUGUUCAAGUUGUCGAAAUCCCAGGUGCCUCAAGAAGAAGUGGAUGCCCUCCAACAAAUUGCCAAUGAGAUGGGGGCAACCAUCUGGAGCUUUAAUGGUGAAUUAUGCGAAAUCGAGAAGGUUGGGAUUCCACAAGAGGCUCCGAGUGGUUCGGAGGGUUAUGUUACGUGCAACUGCAACUUCAAUAACAACACCAUCUGCCAUGUUACAAAAAUUGUGCUUAAGAGCUACAAUCUUCCCGGAGUUCUUCCAGCUAACAUUGUCAAGCUUCCCUAUCUACAAGAAAUUGAUUUUGCAUACAACCUUCUCACCGGUACAAUCCCGAGACAAUGGUUUUCAACACAAUUGGCUUCUAUCUCUGUCCUGGUGAAUCGCUUAUCAGGACAAAUACCGAAGGAAUUGGCAAACAUUACUACUCUUACAUACCUGAACCUCGAAGCAAACCAAUUUUCAGGUCUGAUUCCGUCUAUUAUUGGAAGAUUGAGGAACCUGACCACAUUGAUCUUAUCUUCCAAUCAAUUCACGGGGCACUUGCCUACCUCAUUUUCCACGCUAACAAAUUUGCGUGACUUUAGGAUAAACGACAACAAAUUAACUGGCCAAAUCCCCGACUUCAUUCAGAAUUGGAGACAGCUAAACAGACUAGAAAUGCAGGGGAGUGGACUGCAAGGGCCCGUCCCGGCGAACAUAUCUCUUCUAAAUGCAUUAACAGACUUGCGAAUUAGCGACUUAGAAGGUCCAUCACAAGUUUUUCCGACACUCAGGAGCACCACAGGCCUAACAAUAUUGGUGUUGAGAAACUGUAACAUUUCGGGGACAAUACCUGAAUACAUUUGGCGACAGCUCAGACUUCUUCAAGAGUUGGAUGUUAGUUUCAACAAGUUGAUUGGAGAGAUUCCAAAUAAUAUUGCAAGAAAUCUGAAAACUGUGUUUGCAAAUGGCAACAUGCUAAGUGGAACUAUUCCGAAUGCAAUCCUGAAGGAUGGAAGCAACAUCGAUCUUUCUUACAACAAUUUUACUUGGCAAGGCCCCGAUGAGCCUCCCUGCCGCCCAAACAUGAACCAAAACAUAAACUUGUUCAAAAGUUCAUCAGCUGCAAACUCGUUACAAAGGAUGCUUCCUUGCUACAGGAAUGUCAUGUGUCCGAGAUAUAAAUGCUCCCUACAUGUUAACUGCGGUGGUAGCGAUUUAACUGUCAAAGAAAGCAACAGACAGGUUAUGUACGAAGGGGAUGCCGGAGGUGAUCCAGCGAGAUAUUUAAGUGAUAACCAUUGGGGAUUUGUUAGCACUGGAGACUUCAUGGAUGAACUAAAUUUCCAGUAUUCGCGGGUAGUCACGCCAACAUCUGCCACAAAUCUAUCCGGCCUGUACACCACCGCUCGCCUCAGUCCUCUUUCGCUUACCUAUUUCCACUACUGUCUUGAAAAUGGAACUUACAAUGUGAGCCUGCACUUUGCUGAAAUAAUCUUCACUAACAACAACUCGUAUAACAGUCUUGGAGUGCGGAUGUUCGACAUUUACAUCCAGGGAAUUCCAGUCUGGAAGGACUUCAACAUAAAAAAUGAGGCUCGCGGAGCUGGGAAGCCGGUGAUUAAAUAUUUUAACACGACAGUGCGAGAUGGUACCUUAGAGAUUAGAUUUUACUGGGCUAGCAAAGGAACUACUCGGAUUCCUAAUCGAGGAGAUUAUGGUUCUCUUGUAUCAGCUAUUUCUGUCGUUCCAAUUCUGAAGGUUUGUUCUGAUGGAAGCGAUAAGAAUAUAACGGCAUAUAUUGCUGGUCCAGUAGUUGCUCUGUGUGUAAUUUUCUUGAUCGCAGGCGUCCUUUUCUGGAAACUUUAUUCAAGUCGCCGCAGAAAAGCACGAAGAGAUUUUGGUGGCCUAGAAUUGCAAACUGUCGCGUUUUCUUUGAAACAAAUCAGGGCUGCAACGAACAACUUCGAUGCUGCAAACAAGAUUGGCGAAGGUGGUUUUGGUCCUGUUUACAAGGGUCUACUGCCCGAUGGCACUGUAAUUGCAGUUAAGCAGCUGUCGUCUAAAUCAAGACAAGGAGAUCGCGAGUUUCUGAAUGAGAUCGGCAUGAUAUCUUGUGCGCAACACCCAAACCUCGUGAAGCUGCAUGGCUGCUGUAUCGAAGGCGACCAGUUGCUUCUUGUGUACGAGUAUAUGGAGAACAACAGCCUGGCCCAUGUUUUAUUCGAUUCAAACAAAAGCCAAGUGAUUCUGGACUGGCCAACGCGGUUCAAGAUCUGCAUUGGAAUCGCGAGAGGAUUAGCUUUCCUCCACGAAGAAUCACGGUUGAAAAUUGUUCAUCGCGACAUUAAAGCCACAAACGUGCUGCUCGACAAAGAGCUGAAUCCUAAGAUAUCCGACUUUGGAUUGGCUCGACUCAAUGAAGACGAGAAGACACAUAUAAGUACCAAAGUCGCAGGGACAAUCGGAUAUAUGGCGCCAGAAUACGCACUGUGGGGCUACCUGACAGACAAAGCCGAUGUCUACAGCUUCGGGGUUGUAAUAUUGGAAAUCGUCAGCGGCAAAAGCAACAACAACUACAUGCCGAGCAGCAAUUUCAUAUGCCUUCUAGAUUGGGCUUGCCACUUGAAAGAAAACAACAAUGUCGAGGAGCUAAUAGACGAGAGGAUGGAUUCAGGCACGGACAAAGAAGAAGUAGAGCGCGUGGUGAAGGUGGCCCUUUUAUGCACAAAUGCAACUGCGUCGCAGAGGCCGGCGAUGUCUAAGGUCGUGCAGAUGAUGGAGGGCAGUAUGGCCAUCCCGGAGUCGGCUCUGGAAGGUAGCAGCAGCACGUAUACGGCGGAUGUUAGAUUCAAAGCCAUGAAAGACUUCCACCAUGAGAGGCAAAAACAGAGCUCAUCCACAGGAGCUGCUACUACAGGUUUUUCAGAAUAUGUCGAUGAGUUUUCUGAUAUCAGUAGAAACGUCUUCUGA